AUGCAAACGGAGCCUCAGAACGCAGUUAGUCCUCCAAACACAUUCACUUCUGCUGAUUCCCAGAGAACACGAAGAUUCAGCUCCAGCUCUAUGACCCUGCACAAUUCUGCCUUGACACCAGUCAAAGUUGCAGAUCGCUUGAACCAAUUGAAGCAGGAGGAGAGUGACAUUGCAGUGAGAGAUAUGCAGAAAGAAAGAGAAAUUCGGUCUGCUAUACAAAUAUCUGCCACAUGGAAUGAAAAAUGCAACAUAGAGGAGCCAAUGAUUGCAGAAAUUACCCCUAGACGACCCAGGUCUUUCUCAGAGUCCCUCCACAUAUUUACCUCCCCUUGUAUGAUAGUUGGUGCACCUUCACCCACAAGAACUGGCAAGCAAUGUUUUUCUCCGUCAAUGCAGCAGCCAAUCAAGAACCACAUAUUUACCCCCAGUCCCAGUCCUAGUCCAACACGGAGAUCCUUCUCAAGGUUUGUGCUUUUAAAUAAACCACUUCCACCAGCCCCUAACUGGGAGCAGGGCUAUAGGAAUCUUUACAUACAUGGUCAGUUCCAUUACUUGGAGCCGGAUGGAGACAACCGGUUUGAGAGUCACAUGAGCCCACCCAAGCGGUUCCACACCGGACCCAGCACCCCGGAUAGGCUUCUGCCCCACCCUCUGGCACACAGCAUGUCCUCCAGUAGCUGUGACAGUAACAGCAGCCCUGAGCAGUCUGUGUCCAGUGCCUCCAGCAUACACCUGCCCCUGGGGUCGGGCAUGCAGCAUAACAUGUUCUUCAUGCCGCUGCAUGACACACAGGAUAUGCAAACCACAGAUUCAGAGACGUCCGAUGUAACUGAGUCAACCGACAUGUCCGAAGUGGGCGACACGUCACAUGGCAUGCUACUCACCACCUCUCAGAGCCCCAGACAUAUCAUGGGCUUCACACCAGUGAAGUCUACACACUUGUGACUGCUGAUGUGCUAGACACUUAUUACGUACAGUGGGUUAGACACAAUGGACAGCCAAUUGAAAGAAAAAAUGUGCUAGGCAAUCAUAAGACGUUAUGUGAGGGCGUUUAAACAAGCAUAAAUUGCUAGCCUCUUGCGAGAACCAAUUUGCUGGACACUUCUGAAUCCAUUGUGCUAGCCCCUCAUUGGCCCCGAUGUGCUAUCCCUUUAUGGUAGACAGCCUGCUAGCCCAUAUUGACGGACAGUGUGUGUGCUAGCUCCAUUCUAGAGAAAGCUAACUAGCCCCAUUUUACAGACAGCUUAUUAGCCCCAUUUCACAGCCAAUAUGCUAGACAAUAAUCGCCAUGUGCUAGCCGCUCAUUGCUUGGUACAUAGGAAACCCAGUGGGCUAACAAUUAAUAUUAUAUAUACUUAACACCCACCCCACCUCUUAUUUAAGUAGGGCAAAUGUCAGUCACAGGUACUUUAGAACUUAAUAUGCAUUUAGUACAGUUCUUAAUUGAGCUAAAUGUGUCUUGUUAAUGUGUGUAUAGCUUAAGUGAUUGCUGAUUGAUUGCUGGUGUGUGGUCUAAAUACUAUUAAAGACAUUGAAAAGUCUUGAUUAACAGAUACCACACAAGCGAAGGUGUGUUGGCCAGUAAUUAUGCCUAAUGUGCAAGCGAUAAGGACUCGAAAUAAUAAAUAGUUUUACAGCCAUUGUCAAUGCUAACUAAGCUAGCAUCUCAACAACUCAAGUGUAUUGGCCUUAUAUGUAACCCUAUCAUAAGGUCACGUUAGCUCUGUCUUUGUUCAAGUCAUAUCUGGUCUCAUGGUCUGGUAAUCUAUGUACUGGCAACUCAAGACAUUAUAUGGGGCACUAGACGUUUUCAGGAGUCAGGCCGGCAAAUUAUCUAGGACCACAUGUGUCGCUUUCUGAGAAAACGGUGCAUAAUGCAUGUGCGUAAAGUGUUGUCCCAGAUUAGCCUGUGCGGACUGACGGACUGACGACACUUUCUGCCUAAACUAGAUUUUUGCUAAGAAGAGACUUUCUUUAAACAAAAAAUAUCAUAAAAGCAGGAAGUGUCGUCCAUGAUUAUCCUGUGCGGACUGCACAGGCUAAUCUGGGAUGACACUUUACGCACAUGCAUUAUGCCCAGUUUUCUCAGAAUGCGACUCAUAUUCACCCACAAAUAAGGAUUACAGGUCACCGUGAUGUAGUGGAUAUGGUGUCUGCCUAACGACCGGGAGGUCACGGAUUCGAGCUCCACUGUGGAGCGUUCUUAUCAUCUUCCCAGAGACACCUAGAACUGUAUCUAGUCCCAGGAAAUGGACUCGAGAGCGUUUCAAAUAAGCCUUAGGCUUUCUAUCCAAUGGGGCUAAAAUAAAUAGGUUUACACUAAAUAAAGUUUAUACUUAGACACACGAAAUGUCACUUCAGAAUUUGAAUAUAUACAGGCUGAAAAUGUUGCUAUAUUAUUAACAAACUGUUCUUAAUAAAUCAUGAUGUCAUUAUAGGUGUGUCAUGCUAGACUUAAAUUUCAAGUAGUAAUAGAACAUUACUGUUUUAAGUAUGUUCUUUAUUUAAAGACUUAACCCUUUACCACUCAAAUACAUAUUUUGACACAUUUGUAGUCCUUUAGAAAAUUAAAUUUAAUUAAAUACAUUUUUUACUUAAUUCAAUUUUUUAAGGCUUCAUUUCUAACCCUUAGAUACUGAUGAGCAGCAAACAGCAUUAAACCUGAACAGACUGCAAAUUACUCGCAGGCUGUUCUGGUUUUAUGCUGAUUGCACAUAGCCAUUUUCACUUUGCUUCUGAGUGGGAAAGGAUUAAUUGAAUCCAGAAUUUUGUAUUGUAGAGCCAUUUGCUGUAAAUGAUGUAAUUGCUUACCUAAAUGACACACAAAUGGCAGGAUUUUGGGGGUAUUGAUCUGUUUCAUAUGCAUAUGAAUGCUUAAUGUCUGUCAAUUGAUAAAUGUGGUGUUGAAUUUGCUAUUAUGAAUGUUGCUGAUAUGUUCAUUUGUUAAUUUAUAAUAUCAUUCAUCUAAGUAAUUAUCAAUAAAUUAGGUUUUGUUGCGUACUCUGCAUCUUCAUUAAUUUGAAAUUUGAUGAAUUGCAUCAAUUGAUAAAAUGCAUCCUUCCAUUUUGAAAUGUUAUUUUAAAGUUGCUUUGCAAACCACAUAUAAAUGGAUGACUUGUUAUCCAGGAUAUAAGUUGGAAAUGAAGAUUCUGAAUCAUAAUGUAAAUCCACAGUCUUUUAGGUUAUAUACCCAGUUACGUAAUUGCUUAUUACAACAUACUAAAUUAAAAUAACAAAUCAUGUUAUUUUGAUUUUCUGCAAAUGCAAUUUCUGCCUUGUAUUAUUUUAUCUGAAUGAAGUGACAAAAUAUGCUUAAAUGAAUACACAUAAGAAAUUGUAUUUACAAUCUACAACAUUAAGGAAUUACUCAGAUUGAAAGUUCAUAGAACGGAUACAAAGUGAAAGACUUUCUGUUGUUGUUUUUUCGGAAUGGAAAGGCUUGUUAUCAUGUUACUCAUGUGAUUUUGGCCAGUAAUUGACAUCACAAGUUUUGCAUACUCCUCCUUUUGCUGCAGUAUGAUUUAAAUCAAAUUCUUAAUCAUUCUUAUAAUUGUUUGCUUCUCUGCCCAAAUAAAUUUGUUUUCAGUUGGAUAAUUUAAGUUUCUAUGUAUUAUGCUGCUAUUUUUAUUGUUUUUGUAGUCAUGAAUUAGAACUUAUUGAUGAUAUAUUAAUUAUUAAUGGAAUUAAUUAUUUUGUAAAUUAGUCAUAAUUAAUCGUAUGGUGUGCUCAUCAUAAAAAUAAUAUUUUACAUUUUAAUAAAAUGAGUACUAAAGGACGUGCUAUUCUCACUUAUUUUGAAUGGCAAUUAUUAAUUCAAAACCCAUUUUUUUCAGUGAAAAGUUGUGGUCUCUAUACUUACACUAAUCAUUAGAAACUAAAAUCUGCAUCCUGUCAUGAAUUUUAAGCACUUUUGCUAUGUUAAUGAAACACAAUAGGGUACUUCUUUUUUUCUAUGCCAAAGCUCCUUUUGUAUCUGUUUCGAUUUUGAUUGAGAAAUGGUUAAGACGAGCACUUGAAAUUAAUAUUGGAAUGUUUUUAUAAGUCAUGUUUGCAGUAAGAUAAAGAGCCUAUGUCUAGUAGUGCUAUUUUAUUCUGAAUGUAAUUGCUUUAAUGUUAAACUGUUUUCUGGAGAAAUUUUUACCAAGUAUGUUCAAGGUAGUAUUUUGAUGCCACUAUUGUACAUCUAGAUUUACAUGUUUCAUAUGAAUUGAAAUUAUUAAGUUCACAAAUUGAGUGGUGUUCUGAGAAAACUGGGCAUAAUGCAUGUGCGUAAAGUGUCAUUCCAGUUCGCACGGGCUU